GGGCGCGGGCCCGGGUGAGAGAGCGGUGAGUCCGCUCCGAGCUGCGCGGGGUCCGACGGGCCCGGGGGCUCGGCCGGCAGCCCCGAGGGGCGGCAGCGCCGGCGGCAUGGAGCAAGCAGCGCCUAAGAGCAAACUGAAAAAGCUAAGUGAAGACAGUUUAACUAAGCAGCCUGAAGAAGUCUUUGAUGUUCUGGAGAAACUUGGUGAAGGGUCUUAUGGUAGCGUGUUUAAAGCAAUACACAAAGAGUCUGGACAAGUUGUAGCAAUCAAACAGGUCCCUGUGGAGUCAGAUCUUCAAGAAAUAAUUAAAGAAAUCUCUAUAAUGCAACAAUGUGACAGUCCCUAUGUUGUCAAGUACUAUGGCAGCUACUUUAAGAACACAGAUCUAUGGAUUGUUAUGGAAUAUUGUGGAGCUGGCUCUGUUUCGGACAUAAUUAGACUGCGUAAUAAAACGCUAACAGAAGAUGAAAUUGCAACUAUUCUGAAAUCUACUCUUAAAGGACUUGAAUAUUUGCACUUUAUGAGAAAAAUACAUAGAGAUAUAAAAGCUGGAAACAUCCUUCUUAACACCGAGGGACAUGCAAAAUUAGCUGAUUUUGGUGUGGCUGGCCAGUUAACAGAUACCAUGGCAAAACGUAAUACUGUUAUAGGAACUCCAUUUUGGAUGGCUCCUGAAGUAAUACAAGAGAUUGGCUAUAACUGUGUGGCAGACAUCUGGUCCCUUGGUAUCACUUCAAUAGAAAUGGCUGAAGGAAAGCCUCCAUAUGCUGAUAUUCACCCAAUGAGGGCUAUUUUUAUGAUUCCUACAAAUCCCCCUCCAACCUUCCGGAAGCCAGAACUCUGGUCUGAUGAAUUCACUGAUUUUGUGAAGAAAUGCUUAGUGAAAAAUCCUGAACAAAGGGCUACAGCAACCCAGCUGCUACAGCAUACAUUUAUUAAGAAUGCUAAGCCAGUUUCAAUUUUAAGGGACCUGAUAACUGAAGCUAUGGAGAUAAAGGCAAAGCGACAUGAGGAACAGCAGAGAGAACUGGAAGAGGAGGAAGAAAAUUCGGAUGAAGAUGAGUUGGACUCUCACACUAUGGUAAAGACCAACUCAGAGAGCGCUGGUACUAUGAGAGCCACAAGUACGAUGAGUGAAGGCGCCCAGACAAUGAUUGAACACAACAGCACUAUGUUAGAAUCAGACCUGGGGACCAUGGUAAUAAAUAGCGAUGAUGAUGAAGAGGAAGAUGGGACCAUGAAACGAAAUGCUACUUCACCGCAAGUUCAAAGACCUUCUUUCAUGGACUACUUUGAUAAACAAGAUUCCAAGAAUAAAAGCCCUGAAAACUGUAAUCAGAACAUGCAUGAACCUUACCACAUAUCCAAAAACGUUUUCCCUGAUAACUGGAAGGUCCCUCAAGAUGGAGACUUUGAUUUUUUAAAGAAUCUGAGUUUGGAAGAAUUACAGAUGAGAUUAAAAGCUUUGGACCCUAUGAUGGAACGAGAAAUUGAGGAGCUUCGUCAGAGGUACACUGCAAAGAGGCAACCCAUCCUAGAUGCGAUGGAUGCAAAGAAACGGAGGCAGCAAAAUUUCUGAGUUAGUUUUACUUUCAGAGGUAAUAAUAUGAGUCACUGUGGACACUGGUGGCUUUGUAACAGUCUGAAGGAAUUGGAUUAUGAGAGUUUUCAAAAACCCAGUCUGUUGAAAUUUCCUUCACGAGCAAUGACAAUUGGAGCAGUGAAAGAAUAUAUAUAUGGUGUUCUGCAAAGGCAGAGAAACACAUCACCACUUGUUUGCAUUUUCAAAUGUUUAAUGUAAUACAAGUUUAAUCUGUUGCUUCCCAAUCUUUUUCAGGUGUAUAGUGGUAAUUUGGUGUUGUACAUUGGGAAUUGUGUUUUGGAGCACCUGGAAUGAUUUCUUGAUUGUGCAACACUACCGAGCCUUAUAUUGCAAUGUAUUUUUCUUCCCCUUAAGUAGCAUAUUUAUUAUGUAAUCUUUGGUUAUCCUAUUUAUUUUAUGCCUGUUUCCUUUUAUGUUGGGAAGUAUUAGGAUAAUAUUGUGGAGAGCAGAGUCAGAUUAGAUAAAAUUGGUAUUAUAGUAUAAUGAGAAGUUGCUCACCACUCUGUUAUCUUUUAACAAUUUCCAAUUUCAGCAAACAUCCCAAUUCAGGACAGCACUUGAACAUGUAUCCGGCCGAUUUGUAUCAGUAGGAUUUAAGCAGAAAGUAAGUAACAGGCACAUGUUUUUCUGCUCUCCUGAAUCAGGGACUGUGGUUGUAGUUGAGCAGUACAGUUGUUACACUACAGAGGAUUUUUAGAGAGUGUUUCUGUCAUUUCUACGCACACUGAGUCAGCUGUCAUUAAACAAGAAAACAAGUGCCUAAUCAGUUUUGAUUUUUGUUAUUCAGAAGAAGCAAUACUUGCAGUCACUCCUUCAGAGUAAACUUCCAAUUGCUAUUGCAGUUCUGACCAGUAUAAACCUCUAUUUUGCACCAUAGUUUUAUAAUGAAGUAACAGCUACAGUUUUUGGAUGUUUUUUUGGUUCAUUUGGGUUUCUUUGUCACUGUUUUGAGGGGAGAGGGGAGUUAUUAGUGGUUUGGGUUUGUUUUGUUUUCACAUUAUAGAUACAAAGGGAUAGUAAUUUAAAAGCCAAAGAAAAUAAAAUUAAUACUUAUAUUUAAUAAGUAUAGAAAAGAAGCAACAUUUUACAGUCCUCUGAGAGUUUUGUCCUGCAAUCACUAAAUAUUCAAUAUUCCUGUAGUCUUCUGUUGGUAGAUUUUCAGGAAUCAGAAAUGCAGGACCAAGCUCUUAACUUUUUACAAGUUAUUCUCUCUGGUUUAUAUUGUGGAAUACCUAGCAGGUAGAAUUUGCAACAUUGCAAGAAAUAUUUCAUACUUAGCAGGAAACGUGAUCCACUUUCUGAACAAUCUACUGUGUUCUCUAUUGAAAUAUUUACUAUUGUUGCCUUUUAUGUAAAUAACUUCACUGUGAUAGUCAUACUUCUUUAUACAAUACAGCUGAAAAGAUCUUUACGUUCAGCCAUUAGCUGUUAAAUUUUUAAUGGUGACUACUGUAUGGGCAUCUUCUGUUAAAUGUUUUCUGGAAGUUAGUAAUCAUCUCAUACCUCUUAACAUUUACUGUCAUCAUACAUGGACCAUUUAGAUGGAACAGUGCAGAUUUUGGAAAUGGUGCAUUUUAUCAAAAAGCUUGUGCAAAAGGAAACCAAAAGUUUUCACAAGAUCAGCAUUCUACAGCUGUGCUGGGACCAGGACUUGGGUUUGAGCCAUUGUUGUCAUUGUCAUUCUCCAUGUGUUUGCAUGUACACCAGGCUCUGACAUGUAAACCCUAGAGUCAAAUAAAUCUUGAUUGUGAUUGUUAGAACAUCUGUACACUCAACUCUCUUCAUAUUUCCUAGAGUGAUGACCAUUCCUUGUGAAAAUGCAAGAACACAGAAGAUCCAUAAAAAUUACUUUAGGCAAGAUAAAAUGAACCUGGUAGUCUUAUGCCUCACAUUUAUACAAUGAAAUGAUGUAAAGUAAAAAAUGAUAUAAUCAUGUCACUGUGUUAUUAGAUUAUAAUCAUAACGCAGGAAAAAAUAACAGUACCAACUUCCCCCUAUCAAUAUGGUUCUUAUUUAUUUAAAAUGAAGUUCUUCUUCUUGAGCUUUCUGUUCUCAAAAACUCAAAGAUGUGCGUGCAUACAUAGAUUUGUGUAGGUAUACACACGUAUAUAUGCAUAUCUAUAUAUGUAAGAAAAAAUAUAAAACACAUUUAAACCAUCAGGAGAGGAACCUAGCUUGCCUUUUCGUGGUGUGCCUUUAAGCAAAGUGUCAUUGUCCAGACACUCUUACCUGCAUCCUUAGCAGCUAAAUUUUCCCUUUCUCUAUCUUAAACUUUUCACACCAAAAAUAAGACUUUGAUUUUGAAUAAUGUGGCUUUACAGUGUGAUAGACAGUGUAACAAAAAUUAUCACAAAUUUCGUAUUUUGUGUAUUCUGAAAACUGUAGUAAUGUGGCACCCUAAAAAUUAAUUGCUUAUCCUGAGGGACUCCAGUAAAAGGCCGUUUUAGACUAGAGCUGUUGCAGUCUGGCAUCUGAAAGCCAUCAGAAGGACAUCCUUUCUUCAAUCCUGAUGUGUCUGCAUAGAAACAACUCAAUUUUUGUGCAUAUGCAUGCACACAAGAAGAGAUUAUACAUGCAGGAAAAAAAUGUAAACACUAUGGAAUAAAACAAAUGUAAACAAGCUACUUAAAAUGGGUGAAAAAUAGCAUCUGAUGUACUGUAAACUGUGUAGAUACAGGAUGUUUGUGACCAAAGAAUACUUUCACCAAUUAAUAUGAAAUCAGUAAUGUUUCCAUUCUGUAUGGUGCACACUAUGGUCAGUGAGAGCUGCCUUUGGCUUUAGCAGCCAGAGUAUGGAGCUCUAAAUUAAUGUGCAAGCAUAGCAUAGGGAAAUAAGUUUUAUACUCAGAGAUGGACGCAACUUAUUUUUUCUUUCUUCUGUUUAUAUAAAUGAAUGAAAUCAUCCAUGUUGAUGACUGCACAUCUCUACUGGAGGAUGAGCAUCUCUAUAAAGGAAAGUCAAUAGUAUAAUAAAUAAGAUAUUUUAAAAGCAAGCCUUGCAGAAAACCUGAUAGAACUACUGACAAGUUAACCUUCAGUAAGAUUUUAACCAAGCAAUUUCUUGUUUGCUUCUGACUUUGUAUGUUUAGAUUUAGUAAGUUAAAAAAAAAUGAAAAAUCAUUGCUUAUUACUAAACAUUUGUAAUAAAAGCUAAUUUUUCAUGUAUAAUUGUUGACUUGUUGUUCAUUCUAACUGAAGCAAAAUUAUCUUAAUAGUAACCAUUAAUACUCAUUUCCAUAGUCAUCCCUCAUGCUUUUGUUUCCUUUCUAUAACACUGCAAGCCCAGCUGUGAGCGCAGAAACCCACGUCUCUCAAAGUCAACUCUGGAAAGGAUUUUUCCAGAUCACAACAUUGUUGCAAGAUCUAGAAGUCUGAGGAUCUCCAUGAAAGCAUAGCAGGCCUAAGGAAAGAAAUCCUCAGUAUUAGCAGACAUAAGUGGCUUGUGUUGCUCCUUUGUUUUUCUCAUUGCACUAAAAAAUCAAUAGGUAAUGGAUAGGCUCAAGUAGGAAAAGUAAAUACAUUUAAUGAAUUUGAUUCCAUUGCCCAUUUAUUUUCUGAUAUUUUUUUUUAAUUAUUCUCUUAAGAAUUUGCCCACAGACAUUUUCAUGAAAAAUGAACUUGUGAGCAAAACUCCUUAGUGAUCCACAGUAUGUUUGAAGUGACAAAAU